UUAAGGAUUUCUGUCCCUUCUCUGCUCCGCAGGCUGCUGAAGGAUGGGUGACGACCGGCCCUUCGUGUGCAGCGCCCCGGGCUGCGGACAGAGGUUCACAAACGAGGACCACCUGGCGGUUCAUAAACACAAGCAUGAGAUGACAUUGAAAUUCGGCCCCGCUCGCACCGACUCCGUCAUCAUCGCAGACCAGACUCCGACCCCGACUCGGUUCCUGAAGAACUGUGAGGAGGUGGGACUCUUCAACGAGCUGGCCAGCUCCUUCGAGCACGAGUUCAAGAAAGCUGCUGAGGAUGACGAGAAAAAGGGCUCCGGGGCCCUGGACAUGUCCCUGCCCUCCACGCCGGACAUCAGGAUCAAGGAGGAGGAGCCGGUGGAGGUGGACUCGUCCCCUCCGGACAGCCCCGCGUCUCGGCCACGCUCGCCCCAGCACAAGGACAAGGAACUGCCCUCCAAGCCGCUGAUGCUCUCCACACCCACGCCCACCAUUGUGCGGCCGGGCUCGCUGCCGCUGCACCUGGGCUACGACCCCCUGCACCCCACGCUGCCGUCCCCCACCUCCGUCAUCACCCAGGCCCCCCCCGCCAACAGACAGCUGGGGUCUCCCACCGGCUCCCUCCCGCUCGUGGUGCAGCUCGCCAACGGCCAGGCCAUGCCCGUGCUGCCCGGCCCCCCCGUGCAGAUGCCGUCUGUCAUUUCGCUGGCCCGGCCGGUGGCCAUGGUGCCCAACAUCCCUGGCAUUCCCGGGCCCCCCAUCAACAGCAGCGGCUCCGUCUCGCCCUCGGGACUCCCGGCACAGUCCGAAGCCAAAAUGAGGCUGAAGGCCAGCCUGGCAGCAUCAUCCUCGCUGAACGGCGGCAGCCUGGUGGUGGGCUCGGCCAGCACCAUGGUGAGCGCGCGGCCGGAGCAGAGCCAGCUCCUGGUGCAGCACCCCGACGCCCCAUCCCCGGCCCAGCCACAGGUGUCCCCUGCCCAGCCCACUCCCAGCACGGGCGGGCGCCGCAAGCGGGCGGUGGACGAGGACCCGGACGAGCGGCGGCAGCGAUUCCUGGAGCGGAACCGCGCGGCCGCCUCGCGCUGCCGCCAGAAGCGCAAGCUCUGGGUGUCCUCCCUGGAGAAGAAAGCCGAGGAGCUCACGAGCCAGAACAUCCAGCUGAGCGUGAAACGAGGUGACGCUGCUGAGGAACGAGGUGGCUCAGCUGAAGCAGCUGCUGCUGGCCCACAAGGACUGUCCUGUCACGGCCCUGCAGAAGAAGACUCAGGGCUACCUGGAGAGCCCGAAGGAGAGCUCGGAGCCCACGGGCUCCCCCGCGCCCGUCAUCCAGCACAGCUCGGCCUCGGCCGCGCCCAACGGGCUCAGCGCGGCGCGCUCGGCCGCCGAGGCCGUGGCCACCUCGGUGCUGGCCCAGAUGGCCGGGCAAAGGACAGAGCUGGCCGUGCCCGUGGCCUCGCACGUCAUCAUGGCCCCACAGUCGCAGUCUGCCGGCAGAUGAUGGCCCCGGGCCCGAGGAGCGCCCGCUGCGGCCGCACGGACUGACCACAGCCCCGCCGCCGGGGUUUUUCUUUUUUGGGGUUUUAUUCUUUUUUUUUUUGUUGUUGUUGUUGUUUUGUUUUGAGUUAAGGGCAGCUCUGGCGCUUUCCCCGCUGCGCAGCCCCCGCAGAGCCCCCGGGCAGGGCGGAUCCCGGGAUCGCGGGGUUAACACUAAACUCGGAGCUGCCCUGGGCAGGACGCUGUGACACUCCGAGCUGUCCCCAUCCGCUCCCAGCCCCGUCCCCGGACCGCUGCACCUUCCCCAGGAGCCGCCCGGAGCUCUGAGCUCCCUCCCCCAGCCCGGCGUGGAGUUUGGACACGAGGGGAAGCGGGACUGCCCCGGCUGUGUGCCCUGGACACGGGGACAGCGUGGGGCUGGGGACAGACGCGUCCCCGGGCUCCCGGGGGCUGCUCCCAGGCAGGGGCUGGGAAAGGUACGGCCUGGCCAGCGCUGCUCCCGCGUUCCCGAUGGAAAUGGGGUCAGGACACGGAGCAGAGCCCAGCCGGCAGCGGCACCGUGAGACCCCAAACCCGGCACCGCCCACGGCACCUCGGUAACGGUGGCCUUGAAUCAUGGAAUUGUUGCCCGUUCCGAGGGGAGGGAGCCGGGAACGGGGUCGGGCUUUGCUUCCACGGCAGCGUUUGGUCACCGAGCCUCCGUCGCUCCCCAGCCGGAGCAGCCAAAGGAUCCCGGGCAGGAUCAGAUCCCAGCUCCCAAAUCCGGUCCCUUUUCCUGCACGCUGGGCUCUCCUGCAGCCUGCGGUGCUUCCCGAGGAACCGGAGCCAGCAGCCGGGAAAUGGGAAGGGCUCCCGUGUGCUUUUGGGAUUUGGAAGGAAUCUUGUCCCGGUCCGUGGAACUGCUCCAGCCCUUGGAAUUCCUGCCCCUCACAGGUCCCUCCUCAGCCAAGCCCCCCCUCAGGUCGCACUUCGCCACUUUGGAGCCAGGUUGGUUUGUCCAGGUGAUUCUGUUUGGUUUCCCCACACUUGGAAGGUUCCCAGGGACAGCGAAACCCAAAGCAAAGGCUGAGCAGGAGCCUGGGGUCCCGGCACGGGCGGGAAAGCCCCGAGAUUUGGGGUUUUUCCAGCAGUGGGAUCCGGCUUCUCCCCCUCCCUCUUUUGCCGUUCUUCCUCAGCCGGGGUCGGGUCGGGGGUCGGGGCUGGGCUGGGUUUGUGUUGCUGCCCCCGCGCUCCCCUUUUCCCCUUGCUCAUCCCAGCUCCUCUCCGUGCCGGGGUCACACCCAGCCCCGGGAUUCUCGCGUUCCCCAUCGCCUCACCCCCAUCGCCAGUGCCUUGAAAACUCCGCAGAUCCCGGAAAGGUCGGUGGGAAAGCUCCAAACGGGGUCAGGGACAAGGAGGAAAUGAGCUGGAGACAGGUUGGGCUGUAGCUGGGUCUGUUGUUGCUUCGCUCACAGGGCUGGAGCUUCCCGUGCCCAUUCCAGGCCUUUUUUACCCCAAAAGCAGCCGCUCCUCACUUGGUGACCAGUUUUGGGGCAAAGCCCCGCUGAUUUCUGCCCCGUGGUGAUUCCUCCCGUUUCCCGAGGCUCCCGGGGCUGGCAGCCCCUGGCCCCGCUCGGCAGCGCCGGGCACCUGCACUUUGCCAGCCCCGGGGUCCCGAGUCCCCUCCUGUCCCCUCCUGUCCCCUCCUGUCCCCUCCCCGACCCCAUCCCUGGAGCCGGGGGACAUCGGGGGCUGCUCACGGCAGCUCAGCGGGGCUCCGUUAGGGCCGGCCCGGGGGAACACGGGGGGCGGGAUCGGCUGGUGGGAUUUGGGGUUUCCGCAUUUUACCAGAACUGUGACUUUGAAUAGGACAAAUGGCUGCGAACCGGGGGAGCCCCGCGAUGGGGGAGCUCCUGCUCCUUCCCUCCUCUUCCUCCCUUUUCAGCCUCCAAAUCCCCCAGGAUUGGGCGGGGUGGGAAGACUUGGUGCCUCUUUCCCCCCCAGUCCGGUCUUUCGCCCGGAAUUCUUGGCUCAGGUGGGAAUUGUGUCACUUUGGGACUCGUGGUUCCGUUCCUGCUCCCCCCGUCCCCCAGAACGAGCCCGGAGGUGCCGACGGGACACGGGAGGAGGGUCCCGGGCGUGCCCCCCACCCGCAGCUGCUUUGUGCCACGAGCUUUGACGAUCAAUAAUGGAAGAAGCCAAAAAGGACCCCCCAGUACCUGUGUAGUAUUUUAUCAGUCCAUAGCGACGCGUGUACGCUCCCAUAUAGCGCAGAUCGGCCGCCCGGGCCUGGCCCGAGCCCCGCAGCCCCCGAGGGACCCCCGGCCCCGCCCGGCUCCUGUGAGCGGGUCCUCACAGCCCCGCGGGGGCCGGGGCCGCGGGGGGACCCGGGGGACACGUCCCAGCCUCCCCAGCCCCCGGCCGUGUCAUACCAAACAUGUAACGUGCCUUUUAUUUAUGCUGCAGGUAUCACAUUAAAAUAUUACCCAGGA